AUUGAUCUUCUGUUUCCAAUACCAAGUACUAAUGAUGUAAAGCUAGAGGAUGAGGAGGCAAGUGACAAGCAGGACAGAGAGCCAACAGAAAAACCAUCUAAUCAACCAGAAGAAAGAAUGGCACCUGCUCAUAUACAAAAACGACACCCUGCAUCACAAAUCAUUGGGAAACUAGAGGAAGGAAUACACACCAGAGGAAUCGCCGGACUUGUCGGACGAAGGGG